GAGAUGACGCGCCGGGGCAUCAGCUCCAGACGGCUCCGACUGGAGGAAGGAAGGGCCUGCGGAGAAGAUGGCGAAUGUUGGAGGCGACGACAGUCAGUCUGUGCUUCCUUCGGCGUUCCGAAACGGCAUGGUUGUCGGUUUGUCAAACGCGGGCCACGUCGCCACCAUGGUGACGUCCGGUCCCCGGGUGGUGAGGAUUGUCAAGUCCGAGUCCGGCUACGGGUUCAAUGUGCGCGGCCAAGUUAGUGAAGGGGGGCAACUGCGGAGCAUCAACGGGGAACUGUACGCUCCGCUCCAGCACGUUAGCGCCGUCCUGCCUGGAGGAGCGGCGGACCGGGCUGGCAUCGCGAAGGGAGACCGCAUCUUGGAGGUUAAUGGCGUGAGUGUAGAAGGCGCCACACAUAAACAGGUCGUGGACCUGAUCCGUGCCGGGGAGAAGGAGCUGGUCCUGGCUGUGCUCUCAGUUCCACCGCAGGAGGCUGAUGGCUUGGAAGGAGGGGAGGACAUCCAGCCAAACUACGACUACAGCGACAAGCAGGCCGUGCCUAUUUCAGUUCCUACGUACAAACACGUAGAGCAGCAUUCAGAGAGGUUUGUGGUAUACAAUGUGUACAUGUCAGGAAGACAGCUGUGCUCUAAGCGCUACAGAGAAUUUGCCAUACUCCACCAGAACUUGAAAAGGGAGUUUUCCAACUUUAAUUUCCCAAAGCUUCCAGGAAAAUGGCCUUUCUCUCUUUCGGAACAGCAGCUGGAUGGUCGUCGUCGAGGCCUGGAGGAAUAUCUUGAGCGAGUGUGUUCUGUGAGAGUAAUUGGAGAGAGUGACAUCAUGCAAGAGUUUCUCUCCGAGUCAGAUGAGAACUACAACGGUCUGACUGAUGUAGAGCUCCGGGUCGCUCUUCCUGACAAGACCACCAUCUCUGUGAGGGUUCGCAAGAACAGCACCACUGACCAGGUCUACCAGGCGUUGGUAUUAAAGGUCGGAAUGGACAGCAUUAUGGCCAGCUACUUCGCCCUGUUCGAGGUCAUCAACCACUCGUUCGUCCGGAAGCUGGCGCCGAAUGAAUUUCCACACAAGCUUUACAUGCAGAACUACACAUCAGCGGUGCCCGGGACCUGCUUGGCGCUAAGAAAAUGGUUAUUCAGCCUUCAGGAGGAAGAGUUGCUGCGAGACAACCCACUAGCACUGCACUACUGUUUUCACCAGGCAUUGGAGGAUGUGAAGAAGGGAUUCAUAAAAACAGAGGACAAAUCCUACCAGCUGCAGAAACUGGCAGAGCAGCGCAAGAUGAACACGUACCUGAGCCUGUUGCGCACCUGUGAAGGCUACAAUGAGCUGGUUUUCCCCCACUGCUCCUGUGACUCCAGGAGGAAGGGACACGUCAUCACAGCAAUCAGCAUUCAUCAUUUCAAACUGCAUGCUUGUACCGAGGACGGAACACUAGAGAACCAAGUAAUAGCAUUUGAGUGGGCGGAGAUGCAACGCUGGGACACAGACGAGGAAGGCAUGGCGUUCUGCUUUGAAUAUUCCAGGGGGGAGAAGAAGCCUCGCUGGGUCAAGAUCUUUACUCCAUAUUUCAACUACAUGCACGAGUGCUUUGAGCGGGUCUUUUGUGAGCUCAAGUGGAGGAAACAGGUGGAGGAUGAGGCAUCUGACAAAGACAACAAAAACUGCGCCAGCACCGAGUUCCUGCCUCCUCUGGAAUCACAGCAGAAACCAUGGCGCCACCUAAGGGGAGAGAUUGUGACAUCGUAAAACUGGUGUUUACCAACCGAACUGGCAUCACCAAUCCCCUCUCAUCUGAACCAGAGCAACAGACUUCAUGCCCUUACGACUCAUAAUUUCAAUACAUCUGUCAUAUCCAUGGAGGAAGGAGUUAACAAACAAAGGUCAUAGUGGUUUGAUGAACCCUCAUAGCUCUGUGGUUUGUCCUCCCAUGCACACGCCUCCUGUGAAGUGGUGAAGGAACUAAGCAGAAGUGAUCAGAUGUAGCACAUACGGCAUGACGAGGAGUUGCCAUUCGACUUAGAAGCUGACUUCCUGGCAAGACAGUGGCAAUUCUUUGUCAGGAGGGGAGCCGACUCCGGAGGGGCUGAGAGUGAAAGCGUUGCUUCUCUCGCUGGACAUGAACGUGGCUUUCUGUUCCACAAACCCCAGGUAACACAAAUGUAGAUAACAGAAAACAGAUCAUGUGGUUACUUGUGUGUGCUUUUAUUGAUCAUUUUCUGAUAUAUAUAUAUAUAUAUAUAUAUAUAUAUAGAUAAUAUAAAAGCUGUAAUUAUUUGUUUCUUCAUCUAAUAUGAGUUGAGCUGCCCGAUGUGAUCUCCGUUUUCUCUGUUCACUUCUCGGUCGAGAUGACGUGAGUGUAAAUUUGUCAUGGCAGCGUUAAAUACUAAUGUGAACAUUAAGCUCAGGCAAGUGAGGCCAUGGCACGUAGCUUGGAGGAUACACUCUCAAAACACUCAAAAUACAAAUGCUGGAUGAGUCUGUACAUUGAAGCUCACUGACCGUAGUGCUUAGCUGCGUUUACAUGGACUGAAAGUUCUACUUUGUCAUUCAGAUACAAAGCAGUGUACGUCAAAACAAGCUAUUAUUGCUACGGGGCUUUAUUUAUCAAGGGUAGAAAUCAGGAGUAAGGAUUACUGCUUUUAAUUAGUUGGCCUUAUAGCCUUUAAAACGUAAUAUAAUUUGACACUAGGCUUUUAAAGUAAUCUUUUCAGGUUAAAUAUGAACUCCAAUGAUGUUGUCGUUAAUACACACUGCUGCUCACCAGUCCUUGUAAACGAGUCACCUGCUCAGUUGCAGUUUCCUGAACGUACAGCAGAGGGCGGUGGAGUCAAAGGUCGAAAUUCUAGCGAGCUCACUCACACACGAGGGCUUAACAAAGCUACCUGCUAAGUAUUACUUUAAUUUGUGUCCAUUGUGAGACGUGUCUGUGAGUGGACAAGAUGAUAUAACAGUAUUAUGGAUCUCUGUGUUGAAUGCACAUGACAAGAUGUUUCUCUAAGCAAAGUCAGGUGUUUUAUUCCUUACAUUUUUCUGUAAUGGAAGUUGAUAUGUUGGCAAGCAAACUAACGCAAUAGUUAUGUUUAUCCCUCUAAGGGCUCUGUUUCUCGGUGGAAACACUAGCAACUCAUGAAACUGCUAUAAAGUUGUAAUAACUUUGCAAUUGGUUCACUUUGGUUACAAUAGUGUUUCACAGUCUUACUGAGGUGCAUGUUGUGUUUAUGUUAUGCCUUUGUUUAAGUCAGGUUUUCACAUAGUGUCUCAAUGUAUGUUUGUGUGCGCCCAAUUUCGUGGUGAUGUUGCUCGGACAAGUGUGCGCUGUGCUGCCUGUGUGAACGCAAAUGAAGAGAUGCCAAACAGAUGGAGACGAGUGGCUCCAGCAGUCGGCGUGCUGAGCCACUUUUUUGUGUUGGUCUGACUGAUUUAUACAAUGUCUUUCAAUUGUUUCCUGCUGCUUAGUGAUGGUGAUGAGCCCCAGUACUCGUGUCCCCGGUUUAAACCUACGGUCAAGCAGGAUGAUCAAGUCGAUAUGACUACAGACAAGCCUGUAUUGCCCAUUACUCAUUCAAACAUUGAGGGUCUGUGCGAAGAAUCCCAGCCUCUAUUGAGCCCUUUUUGGGACUGGGGAACACGUGUAUGAGAGGAGAACCACAGCAGCAGGUUCUGAAGUCAAACUAUUAUUGUGAGGGAGCUCAAGAACGGUCAGCAGAGGUUUACCUCAUCUGAGACAAAAAAAAAGUUUGAUCGUAGAACAUUGUUGGGAGGAAUGUUGGUUAGGGCGAGCUAGAGUUUUGCCUUCUUUUCAAGGUUAUCAUUGUGGCCAAGUGGAGAUCCAGGAGACAUCAUUGGUUUUAGGGGGUGCCCUGUUAGAAAGACAAAACCUUUGCACAUACCUAUAUAAGUCAAUGAUCUACCAUGUUAUUGGUUAAAUUUAUGUUUCAUGACUACAAAGCAAAUAUGGUGGUUGAGAUAAUGCAGAUCAUUGUGGUUGUCUCUAUUGAAGUGGAAGGUCCUGGAUUUAAAAAAAAAAAAAAAAAGCACCUAAAUUUUGAGCUUUGAAGAUUGACACAGAGAAUAAACACAUGUGAAGUUGUUUGCUCUGCUUAUUAUUUGGAGCUUAUAAACAUUUUUGUUUUGACAAAAGCCUUCAAGGCUGUUACUUUUACACCAGGGCAAACAUGCGCGACCAUGUAUAUUCAGUUCAUUGCCCUCCUUCAGACGCUGCCUCGCGGGUGAAGGCUGCAGUGACACAGCCUCCCAUAGCAAUACAUUCCCGACCGAGGCAGCACAUGAGAAGCUGAUGGAGGGAUUGAGAACGUGAAGAUUGCUGGAGGGUCAAUUUGACGUCCAAAUUAAUAGCCAAUUUCAAGAUGGAUGGAAUAAGAAUCAGAGGUGCAGAACCGCAGCCCGUUCCCUUGUGUUGCGGUGGACAAGGUGAGAUUGCCCCCUCUUCAGGGUCGGUGCCAAUCAUCACGGGGGAUGCGGUUGCCGUGGCAGCACUAAGUUGCUGCCGCUAGCUCAGUGCAACCCUCUGUUUGAGUAAAUCCGGUAAGCCCACCGAUGCCUCCCAGUAAUGCAUUCAGAGCAGUGUUUUAUUUACCAUUUGAUGUCGUCUGUGGUCUGAGCUACUGUCAAUGGGAUGAAGAGCAGAUUUCUUUUGUCAAAAAUCGAUUCUUGAUGUGUCUUCAUUGGUCAUCACCAGGUGCCAUUCUAUACUCCGUGUCACCAUCUGUGCGGUCUGUCGCUUGUCGUCACGUGUCCGUGAGGUACCUGUCCGACACCACUGUUUGAAAAUCCAAUGAGCUGAAAAGAAUGUUUUUGUAUGGUGGACAAUUUUAUAUAAUUGUUUGUCAGUCAGUGCUGCGUUCUGGAUGCUGGGAUCAUUGAAAGGCCUAAAACCUCAGUUUGUGUUUUACAGCUGCCACUUUAGCGAUGCAGUUGCUAUAGUAACAACGGAGUCUGCUACCAUUUCUACUAUGAUCUAAAAUAUUCUGCACUGGCAGAUGUAAGAUUGUUGUCAGUCCUGCAACUCCCGAGUUUGCAGUCAGGUUUGUGAUGAUUCAGUCCUUUUUGGAGCCGCGAUGCUUUCAUCAUAUGGGCUUGGUGCUGGCCGUCCUCAAAGAGAAGCCGAUUCACCAGCAGCCAGAGGCCAGAAACCUCGCUUAUACUUCCCUUCUAGGCAAAUUGGAGCAGACUUCAAAAAUAACCUCCAUUUCUUAAAAUGAUAAGAUCGUUUUGAGGAGCAUAAUCAGUGUUUAUGAUCAUGGAAAGUUAUAGGAGCAAUUAUAAGGCAUAUAAACCCCAACUGCUUUCCGAGGGAAUGUGACCGGUCCUGCUCUGAUGUCACCGAGGCAUUCAGUUUUAUCCUGGUUCCUUAUUUUGCUGUUGAGCUGAAGACGCAGUUCUCAAACUAUUUGAAAAGGUGUGUGGUGCAUGACCUCGGGAAAUAACAUCCAUUUAAGCAUCAUUACAGGAUAUGAACUCAAAAUGAAGCUGUUAAAAGGGAGGAUUCUUUAAAUGCAAACCUUGUCCCGACCUUGGAGCAGAUUCAAACGUUUGAAAGCACCUCUGCGGGAGCUGACACCGUUUAAGAGUGAAACGAUGCUUUUAAAACACUGAGUGUUUUCUGCUGUUUGGCUGCAGCAGUUCCUGUCCUGGACUAAAUGAAGGCAGGUUUUAAGUGCUGUUUUAGAACUGUUCGGGGACUUUUGUCGAAAACGGAAGCCUUGUUUGUGUGUGUGUGUCUUUAACAUAGCCUGUAUAUAGCUGUUUAAAAUGAAAAAAUAACUGUUGGAUCAAAUGCACUAUUAUUUCUCAUACUCUGAUUUAUUCAAGCAAACCUGUUCUGGGCAUAGGGUGGUGAUAAGUCCUACACUCAUGUCAGUUGCUGGUUCUACACUGGUGUGGACAUGGUGUUACUGUCUAACCACAAACUAAAAAAAAAAGAUCAAUCUGGUGUGUUUCAAUGUUAUUAACACCUGAUGCUGGAGUAGACUACAAAAUGGAGAGUUUUAUAUCUUAAAACAAAUAAAGUUUACUAACCAUAUGAGAAAGAUGUUUUAAAAUGUGUAAAAAUAUAAAUUGUACAAGAAUUUUAAAUAAAAUUAUAUAU